UAUGACGGCCACUCUGUCAACAAACGUGAAUGGGACAGAAAUGAGCAGAUGCCAUGAAUUUUAAUAUCAUUUAUAUCGUUUAUUGUGCCUAUGGAUUGCAUUUCUUCUGAAACAUAAGGAUGUUAUCCGCCCAGGCUUGUCAGUCAACGCUUGUGCACAGACUUGCCACAUUACUGCGAAAUAAUGGUGAUUCAGUGCUGGACGGUUCUAGUACUCUCACCCUGCAGGUGGGAUGUUUACAGCACCUGACACGACUUUUCGAGCAGCACCUUCACUCACGCACUCAUCAGCAUGGUUUCCUGGCUCUGCCGUCCCACCCAGCAGACACCGCCUCCCUGCUGGAGGUCCAAUUCCUUUUUGACAUGCUGCAGAAGACAGUAUCACUGAAGCUUGUCAAGCCACCUGGUGUCAAGCUGCAGUCUGUUGUGAAAAUCUUCCCCUUCAAGUCCCUCAAGCACUUAGAGCUUAAGCGUAUUCCCCCCCAUUGUCUGGAGGGUCUGAGGGGUGUGUAUUCUCAUCUUGAAGUCCUAACUUGCUCAAAAAGUCUCAACUCACUAGAGGAGCUUCUCUCUCUGUGUGGAGGAGAUCUCAGUCCUGCAUUACCCUGGUUAGAACUUCAUACCCUCAGUUUCAGUUACAAUUCUAUUUCCUGCCUCGACAAGUCACUAAGUCUGAUGAAUGUCCUGAAGUGGCUGGAUUUAAGCCACAACAAGAUCCAAGACUGUGCUGAGUUCUUAAAGCCUCUUACUGAACUCGAGCAUCUGAAUUUGGCCUAUAAUAACCUCCAGAAAACACCAGUGCUGGGCCUGAGAGCCCAAGCCAAACUCACCACCUUGAUCAUUAGAAACAAUGAAUUGGAAACUAUUAAUGGAGUGGAACAGUUGUCAUCUCUUCAAUUUCUUGACUUGGCUUAUAAUCUUUUUAUGGAGCAUUCUCAGUUGGCACCUCUAUCUCUCCUUCAUAAUCUUAAUACAUUAAAUUUGGAAGGAAACCCUUUGUAUUUUCAGAAGACACACAGGACAUCUACUGUCUGCCACCUCUCUCCACGAGCUAAUUUGAAACAACUCCAAAUAGACGGCACCCCUCUGUCAUCUUCUGAGCUGGCGGUCUUACCUAAAUCUAGACAAUUGGUUGGUCAGAUUUCCUUCACUUCUCAACAACAUGGUAUGGCACCUGAUCAGGGCGGUUUGGAAGUGUCCAGUGGAGGCGGAGACAUGACUGACAGUGUGACUGCAAGCAUGUCAGGAGUGACCCAAGGCCGAAAGAGAAAACACAAAAACAAAGUGAAAGUAAGGCGAGCCAGCAUUUCAGAGCCUAGUGACACGGACCAUGAGCUUACAGGACGGUCUGCUGUACAGGAUAUCAUCCUACCACAUCAGAAGGACAUUGAGAGAAUGGACAGCUUUCGAGAACAGCUGGGAGAGGACUGGCUACGUUACCAGCAUCACCUUGAUGAUACUCCAAUCCACCCAGCUUUCCCAAAAGUAGACAAAGUUACCAUUCAAGUGAAUGCCAACUGCUGUACCCCACCAACUAACACACAGCCAACAAAUCUGGAGUUUCUCCCCCCUCCACUGCUGUCCUCCGAACUGAAAGAGCAGGAGGACAAUGAAGAGAUGGAGAGCACAGACCUGCAGCCUGACACAGAGUCCACCCUGCAAUGGACAGGCCAAAGUCCCCCGGACACCGAAUCGACUCUGGAGACAAGUCUAGGAAACACUCAGACUCCAACUGAGGCCUGCACUGACCCUCAACCACCACAAGAUCAGGAAGACGACGACAGGGGAGUGGAUUUGUGUAGGCCGGUGCUGGUUGGGCUACUAUUAGAAGAUGUGGAGACAGAUGAGAAAAUGGUCUCUGAGCCGCUAUUCCUGCGAGUGCGCCAGUGCCACCUGCUGGAGGUAGACAUGCACCGGGGGUGUGUUAAAACACGAGUGGAGCUAGACAGCUUGCAAAAGGUCAUGGCCACUCAGGUCACCUGCAACGUGAAGAAGGAGAAGAUGACUCACCCAGGCUUGGAGCUCCACUUCCGGUACAUCAGUCGUGAGAGACAAAAACGUUGCUACAUAAUGCUGGAUGACAAGCCACAGGAGGAAUUAAAGGUAUUAGCCGAGGUUCUCUCGAAAGUCGCGGAGGAGAACAAGGAGCAGGCUUACGACGAAAUGCCAGAGACGGUUCGGCUGCAGUGCCUGAAGUGUCACACAGAGUUCUGCCAGCCCGCCACUGAGUCAGAAGUCAGUUUGCACCACCUGGAUGAACCAAGAAAUGACAGUUGUACCUUUAUUUGCUCCGAGUGCAAAAGCGAUCAUGUGGUUCAGUUGGCCAUCCAAUCAGCAGCUCUCUACACCAGUACACCAGUUCACUGUCCACUUGACCAGAAUGGUGGGCAAUACUUCAUUUUUGAUGAUAAAGACACACCUGUCUGUCCUCGGCACAUUGAGUUACUGGACCCAGGACAGACUGUACUAUCCCAUGGCAGCCCUCUCCAUUUGACCCAGUCUUCAGGAGUCUCUGAAAGGGAGACGCAGGGAGAUUCAGAUUUCUUCUACACAGCUCAAAACCUCAUGUCCAGUUCUUUGACCAAUCAGAGUGAGGCAUGGGCUGACCAGAGCACCUCUCUACCAAUCAGCUUCAACGGAACUGAUGGACUGGUACAGGGUACUUCAGAAGGGCCUAAUGAGUGGGUGGCUGACAGAUCUUGUCACAACAGCUGUCAGAAACAUCAGGACCAACAUUCGUCACAGCACACAGAAGGAUCCAAUCAUGCUCUGUUUGACAUGUCAGAGGCAGUGGACCAUCGGCUUCAGCUUUUUCUGGAUGUCGAAGUGUUUGAGGGAGAAGAGGAGCUUUGCUGCUUUUUAAAGAUGUCCAUCGUGAAGUUUGGAGAUCCAGCAGAGUUCCAGUCUCUCAUGGUUGUGUCUGAUCAGUACAUCUACAUCUUAGAAAUCACCUCAAAGUCCCAAGGGCAACCCUCAGACUGGCUGCGGAAAAGAGAAAGCCAUCGAUUGUGUGAGCUCAGUUAUUUGGAGGUUGGUCUUGGCUCUCAGAGCAUCCACCUGGAGUUUGAUGAGGGGGCAGCAGCAUACACACUGCUGGUACGGAACAGUGCCCGAUGCAAAUGGUUUUUCAACAAGCUUACAGACAUUGCAAGGGACUUGGCUCCAAAGUCUGACAGCAAAUUGAAGGGCAUCUCCACCACCCGGCUCAACCCACAGCAUCACCUCUGGCAUCUAGUCUGUGAGGAAGCCCAACCAUGUGAGGAAGAAGACAGCCAUCCUCCCUUCCGGUAUCUCCUAGGAUUCCUUCAACAAGAUAGCUCUUUGGCCUCUAUUAGUGUACUUGUCACCAAGGAAAUGCUCUUUCUCCUCGAUGAAGACCACCAGUGGAGCAAAAGCCAACCAGAAGGACAAACAAAUAGUGGACAGGUGACCGUUCAGGAAGCUCAGCCAAUCAGCUGCGUCAGUUCCGUUCAUCUGUUCUCGUCAGAUCCGUGCCGACUGGACCUCAAACUUUAUGAUGAGAUGGUCAAGACAGAAAAGACAUGGUCUCUACAUGCUGAAGAUUCCAAGCUAUUGCAAGACUUAGUGGACUGGAUAAGAAAUCAAUGGGAAGCCAUGUUUGGAGUUAAACUGGCAACUAUCAAGCAUUAGCCUUAGUGUGAGAGAAACACAUCUACCUUACAUCAUGAAGAUUCCUGCCUGGUCAUGAACCUGCUUACAAACUGUGUCUGACUGUGUUUGUGUAAAUGUGGUCGGUCUGUCUCCAUUCUGUCCUCACAAGUUACUUGGUUAUUUGUGCGAAUGUCUAAAAUGUUGUCUCCUUCAAGUAAGCUUCAUGUAGUGACAAUACUGUGCAGAGUGCCUUGUUGGUGUACACCAAGAUACAGUCCGACAUCUCUUCUUAUAUAACUAUGCAUGCACAGGCAAUUGAUAUAUUUAGGACUGUUUGAGGGAUGAAUGUGGGAAUUAAGGUGUAUUUUGAUCUCAGGGUGAAAGCGUUUUCAGUUCUCCCAGAAAGGUUCCUAAAAAUUAUUGGUCCAGUUCAUCCGGGAUAAUUAUGGGUUUACUAGAGUGUCGGUGGUGUGCCAGGUUAGUUGCUAAUACAUGUCACUGACCUAAAAUACCAUCCCAUUCCUUAAUACUUUGUUCUUGAAAAACUUUAAAUGGGUACACGUGAUUCUUGGUGAUGAACUUGGACUGUAUAAAAAUAAUUAUAUUCCAGCACUGAGAGAUGGUAAAAGGGAGUUAUGGAAUGCAGAAUAAUAAUCAAGCAGAUAACUGUGGAGACAAAAUUGUUUAGAAGUUAAAACCACUGAGAGA